GCUAGGCUUGGAGAUCGGAGAACUUUCAACAUAUUUACGUUUUACAGUCAGUCAGUCAGUCGGUCGGUCGUUGCCUUGUCUAUAUAUAAUACCAUAAUCGAGGGUCGUUGUUUGGAGUUAGGAAUAAUUAAUAUUCGUUUGUUGGGGUUUUCUCAAUGACACAAUCUCUCUAAAUAUCUAGUCCCUAUUAAGAGGCCGUGUUUUGUGUUUGUUUCGUAUAUUAAAGGACAUAAAAUGGAGCUAUUACAGCAUUCAGAACUGUUUUAUAUAAAACUUAACGAAUAUUAUGCAGAAGACAGUAAUAGGAAGAAGGCAUGGAAUAGAGAAGAACUCAAAGAGAUAGCGGAUGAUAUUUUACUGGCCAAAGAAACACCAGGGAGAAAGAAAAGACGCCAGUACUAUCUUCUAUCUCUCUACGACUUAAAACAAGUUGAUGGGAAAAUGGUCGUUGUUAAAAAACACAAAGAUAAUAAAAAAAUGACUUAUAUGGUUGCUUACGAGGACUUAUUUAAUCUUUUGUACGAAAAGCACGUUAAUAUAGGUCACGGCGGACGAGAUAAACUGCUCCACACCGUGAAAUCAGCGUAUGAGGUAUCAAGAGUUGCGAUAGAGAAACUUAUCGAAACAUGUAGAGUGUGCCAACAGAGAAAGAACAAAAAUCAUACGAGUUCGGCCGUACAACCUGUUAUUUCGUCAGAUAUUAUUUCAAGAGGGCAAUUUGACUUAAUAGAUUUUCAAUCACGCCCGGACAAUGAGUUUCACUGGUUACUCCAUUAUGAAGAUCAUGUAACGAAAUUUAUAUUUUUACGACCCCUUAAAACACAAAGUGCAGAGGAGGUUGCAAAGGAACUAAUUAAAAUAUUUUUAGAGUCGGGGGCUCCUGCCAUACUUCAUAGCGAUAAUGGCACUGAGUUCAUUUCAACUGUUAUUUCUGAAAUUUUUACAUUGUGGCCAUCAGUGAAAAUUCUUUGUGGUAAGAAGAUAGAUCGCCAAAAAAUAAAGGGAGACAUUGAAGACCGUCAUCAAGACCUUGUAAAUAUGUUGAAGGCAUGGAUGUACGACCACCAAUCGAACAAUUGGUCGCUAGGUUGUCAUUUUGUACAGUUUCAGAGAAACAACUGUCACAAUAAUGCAAUAGGAUGUUCUCCUUUUAAAGCGUUAUUUGGAACAGACCCUAAACUCGGAUUUUCCAGUGCCAAUAUAUCUAAGGAUUUGUUGGAUUCGCUUAAAACUGUAGACGAUUUAUUUUUAUUGAGUAUACCAAGUGUCUUAAAACAACAAAACAAUGAAUCAGUAAGCAUAUCAGGGGAAAUUGGGAGUAAGAUUGACGUCUCAGAUGACAUCGAUAUGGAUAAAGAUAAGCGAAAAAUGAAAGAAACGUCCCAAGAACUGGAAAUACCCGAAGAAAUGUCUCCUGAGGUUGUGGCCGAUUCAUAUUUCAAUCCAGAGGAAGUACAAAUAAAGGACGAGAAACUGAGUGUAGAAGAAUUAACUAUGUUUUGUACGGCAUGCCAUGGAAGUACGGAUAACUGUGUAGUCUGUGAAAACAAAUUGCUUAUCGAAGAAAAUAGUCAUGAAAUUCGAGUCAAGAAACGAACUGCAGAAGAAACAGUGAAAAUGACGAAAAAAAGAUGAUUAAUUUUGGAUUUUCGCCAUUUAUAGUUCAUAUUUUACAGACAUUUUAUUUGUAAAUGAUAUAGCCUAAAAAUGGUGAAAUUUGAAGUUCAUUUAGUACUAUAAAUAAACGGAGAACUAACUUGUAUGUACUAAAAGUUGUAUGAACCAAAUUCUAUUAUCAAAUCGAAUAAUUUGUAUUGAUUUUCAAAGGAACAAGUCGGGUGAUAUUCUUAAACACUUAAUUAUAAUGAAUCUUUUAGUAGAUUUGUUUUAUAUGCUAUUCUUUAUUUUUGUUUAUGUUUUUAAAUAUAUUCCAAAAGUGUAAGGACUGAACUAGGCUACCAGUAACCUUAAAUGUUCUAUUUGAUAAUAAUAAUCUCGUUAGUUAUUUCUAAGUAACAAUGAUAUAGUUUGGAUUCAUUAAUAAAUAAAACUGUUUUGUUGAUGACAUAUUUUUUAUUUAAUUUAUGUAUUAUAAUAUAAUAAUACUAUGACAAUUUGACCUAAUAAAUUUUCAAUCUCGCCCCGACAAUGAGUUUCAUCGAUUACUCCAUUAUCAAAAUCAUGUAACGAAAUUUAUAUUUUUACGACCUUUUACGACAAAAAGUGCAGCGGAGGUUGCAAAAGAACUGAUUAAAGUAUUUCUGGAGUCUGGGACUCCUGCGACUCAUACUUCAUGGCGACAAUGGCACUGAGUUUACUGCAACUGUUAUUUCUGAAAUUUUUACAAUAUGGCCAUCAUUGAAAAUUCUUUGUGGUAAGAAGAUAGAUCGCUAAAAAUUAUAGGGAGGCAUAUAAGACCGUCAUCAAGACCUUGGAAAUAUGUUGAAGGCACGGAUGUACGACCACCAAUCGAACAACUGGUCGCUAGGUUGUCAUUUUGUACAGUUUCAGAGAAACAACUUUCACAGUAAUGCCAUAAGACUCUGUCCUUUUAAAGCGUUAUUUGGAACAAACCCUAAACUCGGAUUUUCCAGUGCCAAUAUUCCUAAGGAUUUGUUGGAUUCGCUUAAAAUUGUAGACGAUUUAUUUUUAUUGAGUAUACCAAGUGUCUUGAAACAACAAAACAAUGAAUCAGUAAGCAUAUCAGGGGAAAUUGGGAGUAAGAUUGACGUCUCAGAUGAUGUCAUCAAUAUGGGUAAAGAUAAGCGAAAAAUGAAAGAAACAUCCCAAGAACUGGAAAUACCCAAAGAAAUGUCUCCUGGGGUUGUGGCCGAUUCAUGUUUCAAUCCAGAGGAAGUACAAAUAAAGGAAGAGAAACCGAGUGUAGAAGAAUUAAACUAUUUUUUGUACGGCAUGCCAUGGAAGUACGGAUAACUGUGUAGUGUGUAAAAACAAAUUGCUUAUCGAAGAAAACAGUCAUGAAAUUCGAGGCAAGAAACGAACUGCAGAAGAAGCAGUGAAAAUGACGAUUCAUUUUGGAUUUUCGCCAUUUAGAGUUCAUAUUUUACAAACAUUUUAUUUGUGAAUGAUAUAGCCUAAAAAUGGUCAAAUUUGAAGUUCAUUUAGUACUAUAAAUAAACGGAGAACUAAUUUGUAUGUACUAAAACUUGUAUGAACCAAUUCUAUUAUCAAAUCGAAUAAUUUGUAUUGGUUUUCAAAGGAACAAGUCGGGUGAUAUUCUUAAACACUUAAUUAUAAUGAAUAUUUUAGUAGAUUUGUUUUAUAUGCUAUUCUUUAUUUUUGUUUAUGUUUUUGAAUAUAUUCCAAAAGUGUAAGGACUGAACUAGGCUACCAUUAACCAAAUGUUCUAUUUGAUAAUAAUAAUCUCAUUAGUUAUUUCUAAGUAACAAUGAUAUAGUUUGGAUUCAUUAAUUAAUAAAACUGUUUUGUUGAUG